UCUUCUUCGCGGGUUUCGUUUCUGCUGUACGAAGUAGGCCGUCGUUGGCCCGCCCGUUGCUCCUUGUGAAGUUGUGCUCGAGGGAUCCCAUCCCCGGCGCCGAGUAUCAAAGAGUCCGGCUGGCGCGGCGCACGUCAUUGCCUCCAUCGCGGCCUGCCUCAUCGCCCCAGGGGGGAGGGGGGCGACCAUUUGAUGCCUUACGGGGCCGUAUGUUGCAGCUCGUCUAGUUUUCUUCCCAAAAACUUUGGAGAUACAAAGUCUGUACCAUCCGACAAACUAUCAUUGCUCCACGCACACGUAACGGCCUCUAGAUCUUGGACGGGAGGGACGGGAAAACGGAGUUUCACUUACACUAGAGAGAGGGGGGGGGGGGUGCGCAACGGCGUCACGAAAGGCCUGUCUGUGAUGGAGCUGCGAUGGGGCGAGACAGAAUCGGACCCGAGUCGUGACUUUUGUUCCUCAGCCGGGACGGCUCCUGGGACGAGCGGUUGGUUGGUCCAGCUCCAAUGUGCGAAAGGCGAGAUGGGGAGAUUGCGAGGCGGCUGUCACCGUCGAUAGACUGCAAGCCACCUGUCGAGCUGUUCCCGACACGACCGAUGCGCUAUCGCAGCAAUCUGGCCAGGUACCGUACCGUCCAUGGCGCCACAGGCGCGACAUGUGGAGGGUUUGACGUUUGUUGGUCGGACAGAGACGGGGACGGUGUCGCCGGACGAGGAAUUGCCGGUGGUGAUGGCGUCGACAGGGCUGUAUCGUUGCCGCUGCCGGUGUGCUUGAGCACCAACAAGAAAUGGGGUUGUGCGUUUUCUUUGUACAAGGUAGGCAGGUAGGUACGACGCCAGUCGAAAUUGGCCGCUCAUGACCAUCUCUGCGUAACCAC